UCGGUGAUAAGAGACACUGGAUGGAAAUUCAAGGAGGGCAAAUGGCAAGAGAGUGACAAAUGCUUUGACACUGAAUUCGUUAGUGUCGAAAAUGGUGAGGAAAUUCACAAAGUGGGGAGACGAGCCAACAAAUAUGAUUUCAUCAGGAAACCGCGACCACCGAAGAAAGCCAAAAAAAGGGGUGUCAUGCGAGGCGAUUUUUCACUGCCAUCGGACACAUACACUGAAGCGCCAAAGAUUCACGUGCUUUACGAAACGGCAAUUACCGUUUGGGACAAUAGGAUCCGUGAUAAGUCUGACAAGCCUAUCGAAUUUUUCUUCAAAUGGUUCGCUUUGGAACUGCCGAAUCUAAGAGCUGUUUCGCGACCUCGGCUGAAAUUUCGCCUGAAUUGA